AUGACUGAGACGAAGAAGGCGAGUGGUGGUUUUCAGAGUAGUGGGCAGCAGGGUGGUAGCAGCAGCUAUCAGCACAAGCCUUCCCAAUACAAGAGUCAGAAAGGGGGUGUUCGGAAAGGGUAUCAGCCGUGUUCUCACAGUUCUGGUUACAAUGGGAGUAGCCGUGGAUCUGGUCGCGGUUACAAUGGUACUUCUAGCGUCCCGUUUUGUCAGAACUGCAGGCGCAGACAUUCGAGACAGUGCACAGUGGCGCCAGGUAGUUGUUAUGCCUGUGGCCAGCAGGGUCACUUUGCUAGGGAGUGUCCGUCAUCUAGACAGCAGAUGUCAUCGGCUAGUGUUGCUCAGCCGUUCUUUCAGCAGCAGAGGCCCGUUUUCGCUCCUUCGGCAGGGAGAAAAGAGCCCUAUAAGGCAAGGAGACGAAGACCAAAGAAUCAAAGUAAGGAGCGAAUAAAAAAUACGAAAAUUAAGAGAACACACCCAGAAGAAACAAUAGGAGAAAUGGUCCAAGGACUGAAAGAUGAGAUGUCCCAGAAGACAACAAAUGAAACUGCCCUAGAGGCAAAAAUCAAAACUACAGAAAUGACCCAAGGACCAAAAGACAAAAUAUUUCAGAAGGAAUGGAAGAAAUCGCCCUAG